UCCCCCGGCCCCUGUCUCCCGGGUCUCUUGAGGAGCCCGGGAAGGAGGCUCGGCUCGCGCUAUCGGGGCAGGGGCUUGCCGGGACCGGGCUGCGGCAAUCGUUAGCGGGCCAUGUCGGCUGCCCAGGGCUGGGACCGGAACCGCCGGCGGGGAGGAGGCGCAGCCGGCGGGGCCAGCGGGGUUAGCGGGGCCGGCGCGGCCGGCGGGGGUCGGGGCACCGGACAGCUCAACCGAUUCGUGCAGCUCUCCGGACGUCCGCACCUGCCAGGUAAGAAGAAAAUACGAUGGGACCCAGUUAGGAGGCGCUUCAUUCAGUCCUGUCCCAUCAUAAGGAUCCCUAACAGGUUCUUGAGAGGCCACAGACCUCCCCCAGCCCGCAGUGGACACCGUUGUGUGGCAGAUAACACCAAUCUCUAUGUGUUUGGAGGGUAUAACCCAGACUAUGAUGAAUCGGGAGGGCCAGAUAACGAAGACUAUCCUCUCUUCAGGGAGCUUUGGAGGUAUCAUUUUGCAACAGGCGUGUGGCACCAGAUGGGCACAGAUGGCUACAUGCCCCGGGAAUUGGCAUCUAUGUCACUUGUGCUGCAUGGAAACAACCUGCUCGUCUUUGGAGGCACAGGCAUCCCAUUUGGGGAGAGCAACGGCAAUGAUGUCCACGUCUGCAAUGUGAAGUACAAGAGAUGGGCCUUACUCAGCUGUCGUGGGAAGAGACCCAGUCGGAUAUACGGACAGGCAAUGGCCCUCAUCAAUGGGUCCCUUUACGUCUUUGGGGGAACAACCGGCUACAUCUAUAGCACAGACCUGCACAAGUUAGAUCUCAACACCAUGGUGUGGACACAGCUCAAACCAAACAACCUGUCCUGUGACCUGCCGGAGGAGAGGUACAGACAUGAAAUUGCUCAUGAUGGGCAGAGGAUUUACAUCUUGGGAGGAGGCACUUCCUGGACAGCCUAUUCCUUAAACAAGAUCCACGCAUAUAACCUUGAAACAAAUGCAUGGGAGGAGAUCGCAACAAAACCUCAUGAAAAAAUAGGUUUUCCUGCAGCCCGACGAUGUCACAGUUGUGUUCAAAUAAAAAAUGAUGUCUUCAUUUGUGGUGGCUAUAAUGGAGAAGUGAUCCUGGGAGACAUCUGGAAGCUGAAUCUUCAGACUUUUCAGUGGGUGAAGCUCCCCGCCACCAUGCCAGAGCCCGUUUACUUUCACUGUGCGGCUGUCACACCUGCCGGCUGCAUGUACAUCCACGGAGGAGUGGUGAACAUCCACGAAAACAAACGGACUGGAUCGCUGUUUAAGAUCUGGCUGGUGGUACCUAGCCUGCUGGAACUGGCAUGGGAGAAGCUGCUCGCGGCCUUCCCCAACCUAGCAAACCUUUCCCGAACACAGCUUCUGCACCUUGGACUCACACAGGAACUCAUCGAGCGUUUGAAAUGAGGAUUUCUGGACUGUUCAUUGAUACUGGAAAUGUUAAUUUAAAGAGACUCCUUUAUUUAUGGGCAGUGUAGAAUGUGCUACAAAGAGGAUUGGUUACCCUGAUCAAGGCCUUAUUCAGAAAAUACAUCAGAUGCCUUUUUGUGAAUGGGUUUAAGUCUGUGGACAUCUCACUCUCUCAUGUGCUUUCUUCUUUGCUCCCCUCCCUCCUGCCCCCAUAAUGCACCUCAAACUUCUGCAUUUCCUCUUUCUCAUGGGAUUGAGGGAACACCCAAAAGUCCCGUAAUGUUAAGAAUCAAGAGAGAUGAAUCGUUGCCUUUUUUUUUAAUUUGAACAUAUUGACCAUGUCAACUAACACUACAGAUUAAAAUAUCAUCAACAAACACAAAGCUUGAAACGCCAGCAACAACAGCUGGUGGUCUGGGAGAGAGCGAGGACACUGGUCUAGGUAGUCCUGCCGCUUGUUCUUAGUGUUUCUGAGAUGUGCUGAGUGCCGGACUCCGGUGCUUCGUGACUUGGUGUAAAGAUUAAAGAUGCCUGACCUUGACGAAGCAGGCAGUUCAGACGACGUCUGAUUUGUGAUCCCUUCAAUCUUGUGAUGCUCCAGUGGUUAGCAUUGGCCUGCCAGUAUUUAGUGUAUCUGUCACCAUCACCCUCUGUUAUUGUCUUUCAAAUUAAGUGUAUCUGGCAUCAAGUUCUUUGUAGGCAGUUUUGAACUUCCCCUGCGCUUAUUAAUGGCUUUAAGUAUGUCUUGACCUCUUCAUGGGGGCUGUAGAUUCUCAGUGUGUGGUGUAAAUGUCGAAGGGCAGUAGAGUAGAGCACAGCACCCGCACCCUUCGGACUCACUAUCUUCGCUUCUGCUUGGGGUGAUGGGCCUUGCUAGCAUAGCAGCGGUUUCUCUGUAAGCUUGUUUCUGUUUAAAUCUCUGGACCACGUUCUUGCAUUUUCUUAAGCAGUUGGUUCUUGAUUCCCUCCUGAACUUUGCUGUCUGCUUCAGUGCACGCGAUGCUGUAAUUGCCUAGUAACCAGAGAAAAGGUCUUAAGGGAAAAGGCGCAGCAUAUCCUUCCUCAAGAAGCAAGUAUCAUCGGAAAGCCCAGCAGGAGGAAGGGGUGAGACAGGGUGACUUGCUUUUGUUGGUGAGAGAUUUUAGUUCUUGGCUUUGUUUUGUCUGUUCUGGAGAGAAAAGUAACCUACGUUUUUACUCCUUUUGUCUUCGAGUGACUUGUGUAAGCCUGCGGGUGUCCAUAGGUGCAGUCAGGAUGCUGGAGGCCUGCAGGAGGGAGGGUGCAGCCAGACCCUGCUGUAGGCUCCUUCCAGAGGAGGCUUGCAGGAGAUUUCAAACAUAUUUUUCCUUUAAGUGCCUCUUUUCCACCAAGCUUUACCAUUCUUCUUCUUUUAGCCCAGAGGAGAUCUCUUUACUUUGUAUGAAUUUAAAGUCACCUUUGAGUUGCAGUAAAAAAACGUUCUUGCCCGGAGUGCCAUGCUAGGGAGGUCUCUUGACUUCUGCUCCCACCAGGCCGUAUGCUCCAUCCAUGUGGGUUGAGUUAGUGGAGGCUUUGCUCUGCGAUCCUGAGAGAAGCACUUACCCCUGAGGAGCUGCUCUUCUAGGGGUCCCAUCCCCAGACCUUACCACCCUCUGGUGGUACGAUUCUACUUCCUGCCACCCAUAGGUGUGCUCCUCAUAGGACUCUUUGACAGAGCAAGUCAGCCUGAGCUCCUUUGUGUGCUCAGAACUGUGUGACGCUGGGCCAGGUCUCCUGUACACGUGGUGGAAAUGUAUCCUAAACUAAAAAGCCUUGUUUUCUUGGAUGACAGAUGGAUUUUUGUCAUUGGUUUAUAUAGGGUCCAAAGACAAUGGUCAGCCUCUGUGCCCAUGGUCCUUGGAAUACAAAGAGGUCUCUGGUCCUGUUACAUCAGAAAGUGGUGAGAGGGGCUGACUGAAGUCACACUUGUUGGCAUCCUUGUUAAGCCCUUUGAAGGCAGUCUCUUUGAGAUAGAUGUCAGAGGCCAGCAUGACCUCCUGUACCUUAGCAGUCUGGUUUGGUCUGAAGUGUCUUUGACUAGAACACAGUGGAAGCCGGGCAGGGAGCAGCUAAGCCGCAGCCACGCACGCACACGCACACGCACACGCACACGCUCUGGACGCCAAAUGACUGUGGAGAAGGACUUCAAGGAAGGGGGCUGGAUCCUCUCUAAGGGUCACCAGCAUUUUGGUUUCUCUAUAAGCAGCACUUGGAUUCCCGAUGGCAUCACCUGGUGUGGGAAGGUUGUGGUGCCCGCUGCUCCUCUGCCAUCUUCCCGCAGUCCUGGAAAUGGAAGUGCAAUACGUAGAAGCACGUGGUCUGUACAGACAAUGUGGACAGAUGGCCGUAAAGCAGUGACACUACGUUUGUACCUAUCUUGGGCAAGUCAGCUUACUGCCUUAGAGUAAAGUUAUGCCAAGAAUUUCUAAUGUGAUCACAAGCCAACUUCUUGGUAAAGCUGGGUUUAUUUCAGGUCCAUGUUUUCUUACUCUAGUUAUAAAACAACUUACUGUUCCUCAGUUUGUUAGAGGUGAGGGCUUCCCCAUCCCUGUACUAUCUCCUGUUUGCGUGUGUUGCCCAGGAGUAAGGAAGUCCACUUGACAGUGUUGCCCAGGUGGAGAGUUAAAACCUAAUAUUAAUACAGUUUCCCCUCACAUACGCUAAUUUAUCUGGGAAUGUAAUACCUUAUUAAAUGAUGCCUUCUUUACUCUAAGGUAUUUUCCACUUUACAGAAAAGUGCAAACCAGUAUGUAAUAGGUUGAAACUUCACCUGCUUUUCAGGGCAAACACAACCCUUUCUUUCCACUGGCAGAAGUCAUCUUUCAGGGCCUAAUGACUUGAUAUAAAAGCUUGCUUUAUAGCAUUCGUGUCCAGUACAGAGCGAGAUUUAAAAAUUAUAUAUAUAUAUAUAUAAUGGAAAUAUUAACAUUUCUAGAUUAAAAGUAUGACUGAUCUUUCGUUAUCCACAGUAGCAAGGUGAAAGCACACACAAUCGAAUUCCAUAGAUAAUCAGUGUUUCAACUUCUCUGUCAAACAAUUGAUUUGCAUAUCUUUUCCCUUCCUAUUCCUCUUCCACAAACACCCCCCCUUUCACGGGACUAGUCGACAGCAAAGGAAAAGAGGCUCAAAGGAGGGCCAGCAGCCAGCCACCGGGCCAGGGUCCCAGUUAGCUUAGGAGAACGAGCACAAGUGGGAACCUGAAGCAUGGUCUGCUGCUGAGUUCUCUGCUGCCUCCUGACCAGAGAGAACUCUUAGACACACACAGACACCCACCAUCCGAGCACAUCUCCUGGCUCCUGGCAAAGCUUGCUUUUCUGUUUCUUCUUUGGAGUUACCUGCAGUCUGAUGUCCUGGUGCGCAGCAAGGGUGCUCUGUCCUCUUGGACUGUGUUGGUUUUGUCUCCUGUAAAAGCAGUUUGGUUUUCUGUGUUCUUAGUGAUGUUUAGAGAGGGCCCUCCCACCAACACUCUGGCAUAGCACAAAAGCCAUUUUCCCUUUUGUUCUUUCUUGUUUCCUGGUGUUGGGCUUCAGGGCGAAUGAGGGAGGGUUCAUUGUUACAGCUAGGCUUUUGAAGAGCUGGCUACCACAGGUGUAAAUUCCAUUGAUCCCCAGGUACCUUAGAACUCUGGAAGCUUUGGCAGGGCCUGAAGCAGGCACGGUGGGGUUCUGGGACCUCCAUAUGUUAGCACCUGUCUGAGUUUGUGAGAUUUGUAAGAAAAAAAUCUCUCCCCUUGUCUGGUGUCAAAAACAGACGUUCCGAGUUGUGCUUCGAUGGUAGCACCAUCUUCUUGGUGUUCUUUCCAUGUUGCUAAUCUUUUUUAAAACAUUUGGGAAGCUUUUUAAAGGCCUGCUUAGCCUGCACAGAGCGAGUCAGAGGCCACUAAGUAGUUUAAUUGCUGUUGUGCUAGUUACACAGCAGGAAUACAAAGGAGGCAGCAGGAAGCACACUGACUGGGGUAGGGAGAGUGCAGGCUUCUCCCUGCGGAGGCUGUAGGGAUGGGCAGGAAAGGACAGCCUCCCUUUGGAGCUGCUAUGAGGCUGGGCCAGGCUCCGCUCUUCCUGCAGGUAUUCGAGGCCAUACACAGUGCUCGCCUUACUUUAAAGCUACUUGCCACAGUCCUGUUACACAGUGUGGAUGUCCUUUUGCAGUCUGGUGUGCAUGCCAUGUGAUCAGGACAGCUUUUCCACCUCCCCUGGUUUCCUAUGAGCAAGUAAAUCUACCCUGAAAUGUUCCAUCUGUACUUAUUUACCUUGUCAGUGUUCGCUGUUGGUUUUCUAAAACAAUCUGAUCAAUAAAUCUCUAAAUCUAUUCGG